GACAAGAUGGCGGCCUCCUUGCAGCAACAACAACAAGAUCAACAACGUGUGUUUAGGGAAUCUGUCUGUAAGCUUAUGGAUGGCUGGGCCGCCUUGCAACUUGCAGUGGAACAAGGGUUUGGCGGAGUUCAUAGCCAACAGAAAGAAAUCUGGUUUUGUGAGGUUAUCUACCAAUUCUUCCAAGAUAAUGCUGGUCUGGAUCCACUUGAAGUAGAGGACUUUAUCUCUGAACUCAUGAAUAAUGAAUUUGAAACAAUGGUUGAAGACGGCAGCUUACAGCAUAUUGCAAAGGUUUUAUGCCAGUACUUCAAUUUAUGUGCUCAGGGUAAGACAACAGAGGUUGUUAAUGAAUUAGAAAAGAUCCCCGACAGAAAUAAAGUGAGGGAGGUUGUAACAAUGUCAGCAGCGACAGCCAAUGCUGAAAAUGAACAAAGUGAUGACAGUGAUGAGAGUGGUGCCUCUGAUGAUAAUAGGACAACUCAGAUUGAAGGAGCAAGCACACUAACACCCCAUACUGCUCCAUCGUCCGCUCAAUCUCAUACCAAUGACGAAGAGAUGGAGAUUGAUGGAUCAGAAAUGGAGCACAGACAAGAAGAAGCUGAUGGAUGGAGUGUAGUAAAAACAAAAAAGUCUAACAAAAAGAAAUAGUGAAAUGUUUAAAAACAUCUAAUCCUAUUGUAAAUAUGCUCGUGAUUUCUCAUUUCUGUACAUUGAUGUAUAUGCUUUAGGGACAUAGAUUGCUCAUUCAUCCUGAGAUUGUCUCAAGGUAGUAUGUUCCUGCAGAAUUAUUUAUUGCCUUUUGGUGCAUUUCCCAUACAAUGUAAUCAACGUCAAUUAUAAAACUGAAUUUUUACCAAAUGUUGCUUAUUUAUAUUGCAAAUUUAACAAAUAUGACAACUGUCAGAAAACUGGUGUUUUAAUAAGGUAAUGUGAGCAAUAAAUUAGCCUAAACAAAAUGGUUUUACUAAUUAUA